CAUGGACCACCCGAGCACGCGCAUCCUCUCGUCAUGCUGCAAGAUGUCUGACAUCGUGGACGAAGGCAUCACGCUUGUGGAAGAUAUUGAUAAGUGCCAGGAGCCAAUCCCCAGCCUGGAGGCCAUCUACCUGCUCAGCCCUGUGGACAAAUCGGUGCAGGCUCUGAUCAGUGACUUCCAGGGCACCCCCACUUUCAACUACAAGGCAGCUCACGUCUUCUUCAUUAGCCCCUGUCCUGAGCCUCUGUUCAAGGAGCUGAGGAAGUCACGGAUCACCAAGGCCAUCAAAACACUCAAAGAGAUCAACAUGGCCUUCCUGCCUUAUGAGAGCCAGGUGUACUCCCUGGACGGGCCACAGACCUUCCACAAAUGGUUCAGCCCCUACAGCUCCUUGGAAAAGAACAAGCAGCUGGAGAUGAUGGCAGAGCAGAUUGCCACAUGGUGUGAAACCCUGGAGGAGUAUCCAGCCAUCCGCUACCGGAAGUGGUGUGCCCGGGGGGAGGGGUACCUGUCCAUCCACUACAGGAAGUGA